AUGUUGGGCAGCUCUGCGGCCCGCGAGGCGGGCUCGGCGCUGCUAACAGUGCAGCAGACGGCACCCCACGAGGACCAGGAGAACAUCAACCCCGAGAAGGCGUCGCCCGUCCAGCAGCCCCGGACCCGGGCGGGGCUGGCGGUGCUCAAGGCCGGGAACCAGCGGGGUCCAGCGCCGCCGCAAAGGCCCAAGACGCGAAGGGCUGCACCCCUUAAGGAUCUUAACGUAAAUGAUGAGCAUGUCAUUGGUCCUCCCUGGAAUGCAAACAGUAAACAGCCUGCUUUUACCAUCCAUGUGGAUGAAGCGGAGGAAGAGACUCAAAAGAGGACAGGUGAAUCCAGAAGCACAGAAUGUGAAGAUGGCCUGGCAUUUAAUUCAGCUAUUGCGUUACCUGAACCAAGAAAACCACUGGUACCUCUUGAUUAUCCAAUGGAUGGAAGUUUUGAGUCACCACACACGAUGGACAUGUCGAUCGUACUGGAAGAUGAAAAGCCAGUGAACGUGAACGAAGUCCCAGACUACCACGAGGACAUUCACACGCACCUUAGGGAGAUGGAGAUGAGAUGUAAGCCUAAAGCGGGCUACAUGAAGAAACAGCCGGACAUCACCAACAGCAUGAGAGCCAUCCUCGUGGACUGGCUGGUUGAAGUAGGAGAAGAAUAUAAACUACAGAAUGAGACCCUGCACUUGGCUGUGAACUACAUCGAUAGGUUCCUUUCAUCCAUGUCUGUGUUGAGAGGAAAGCUUCAGCUUGUGGGCACUGCUGCCAUGCUGUUAGCCUCAAAGUUUGAAGAAAUUUACCCCCCAGAAGUAGCAGAGUUUGUGUACAUUACAGAUGACACCUACACCAAGAAGCAGGUCCUCAGAAUGGAGCACCUCGUCCUCAAAGUCCUCGCUUUUGACCUGGCUGCGCCAACAGUCAAUCAGUUCCUCACCCAGUACUUCCUGCACCAGCAGCCUGCGAACUGCAAGGUUGAAAGUUUAGCAAUGUUUCUGGGGGAGCUGAGUCUGAUAGACGCUGACCCGUACCUCAAGUACCUGCCCUCAGUCAUCGCCGGAGCGGCCUUCCACCUCGCGCUCUACACAGUCACGGGGCAGAGCUGGCCUGACUCCUUGGUGCAGAAGACGGGGUACACCCUGGAGAGCCUCAAGCCCUGCCUCCUGGACCUGCACCAGACCUACCUCAGGGCCCCGCAGCACGCCCAGCAGUCGGUCAGAGAGAAGUACAAGCACCCCAAGUACCACGGCGUGUCCCUCCUUGUCCCGCCGGAGACGCUGCAGGUGUAGCGGCGGGAGGCUGC